CUGACGGAUGUCACUGGCUACUACAGUAUCUGGAAGCAGUGCAAAAUAUACAAGCAUCUCGUUAAGGUACGUCUGCUUGCAUCGAGCAGUACGGCUUUUGUUCCAGCAGUGAACAUUAUUGAAUAUCAGUCUGAAUCAUUACUGGCCAGUCCGAGACAAGUGGACUGUAUAAUCGUCGCCGGGACACUUACCAACAAGAUGGCAUUUGCCUUACGAAAAGUAUACGAUCAAAUGCCUACUCCAAAGUGGGUGAUCAGCAUGGGAAGUUGCGCUAACGGUGGCGGGUACUACCAUUACGCGUACAGCGUUGUGCGCGGUUGUGAUCGAAUCAUCCCCGUCGAUAUUUACGUCCCAGGAUGUCCCCCCAGUGCUGAAGCCUUGCUUUACGCAGUUCUUCAGCUUCAGAAGAAAAUCAAACGUUCGGCAAGACUGCAGAUGUGGUACCGCAAAUAA